AUGAAAAAAAUUCAAUUAGCAGCUGAAAACGUUCGAACUGAUCUAAAACAAAUUCUUGAAAGUUUAAAUAAUCAAAUUUUAAAAACAUGUCGAAAUGUUGCAUCGAAACUUCUUUCUGCACGAGAAGCUGAAAAUUUUUCAGAAAUUGAUUUAAAACGAUGGACAGAACAAUUAAAUGAACUUAAAUCACAAAUAAAAUUAUUAUUCAUGAUUCAUAUUGUAGAAGAUAAUAAGUCUCCUGUUUAUCUCAUUGAGAUAAAACAAACUAACAAUGUAAAUGCAUACAUAAAAAACAAAGAAUUAUUAUCAUUUAAAAGAAUUGAAGAAAGAUUUAUUGAAGGAAAUGGUUUAGCUAUAAUCGAAUAUGGUGGUCUUCGUAUCAAACAUAUUGAUGGUGAUCAUAAAUUUAUUUAUUUUCGUGGUCAAAAAUCUUAUACGAAUGGUUGUCAUACAUUGCAAUUUAAAAUUGAACAUAGUACAGGUUCUUAUGAUACUUUUAUUGCCUGUCCAGCACAAAGCUCAUUAAUAACUUUUGAUGAUAUAAUAACUACAACGAGUAUAUCAGGAAUCCCAGUGCCAAGCGGCUAUAAUCGUUUAAAUUGGCAAAAUGUUCUGGUUGUGAAUGGUGUAAACUAUUUUACUCCUAAUACUGGCUAUACAACGGGUGUUGUUAGUUCUCCAUAUCUUGUCUUUAAUGGGUAUGGUAAUCCAAUGGCUAUCACAAAUAUGGCUACCAGUACAUUUACAAUAAAUUCGUUUUAUUCAUGCGCAGCUUGGCAUGAUAACACUGUAUUGACAAUGAUCGGUACAAGAUCAGGCACUGUUUUGUAUACGAAAAAAGUAGAACUAUUUACAGAAAAGAGAACCUUUGUUGAACUCAACUGGUCUGGCAUCGAUAGCAUAAAUUUCAACUCGAGUUGUGGUUCAUGUGAUGCGAGUCAUGUCACAAUGGAUAAUUUGUGUGUUACAUUCUAA